GACUCCGGUACGCGGCGCCAGUUCCACCGACUCACACCGAGACAUGUGGCUGAGACUUUAUGAAAGCUACGCUCCGUUUAUAGGCAAAAACAGUUUCCAGAUUCUGCGAUUCGUCGGGAUUUCAUAACAAUAAUUUGGAUUUUAAAAGCCGUUUGACGGGUGCAAGCCAACUGCAGUAACAGUUAAAGUGGUGAUCAGGACAGCUCAGGGCUGGACAUGACUGGAGCUGGAAGUGGUGGUCAGGGCCCACCUGAUGGGGCAGAUGCUGAGGAGGCAGAGAAGUGUCCUAUCUGCCUGGGCGUCCUGGUUGGAGGGGAACUCGCCAUGCCAGACAGCUGCUGCCACGUCUUCUGCCUCAGAUGCCUCCUUACUUGGGCAGAGUUGCAGGCAGCUCCCUCCUGCCCAGUGGACAGAAGACCAUUCAGUAAUGUUUACAGAUGGGAUGGCAAACUCAGCUGUGUGCAGGUUCCUGUGAGGAGGAGAGUGACUCAACCUGAAGCUGAGAGUUACUGCCGAAGAAACAACGAACAAAAAAUCUGUCUCAAAAGUAAACUUGUGAGACCAUUGAGACAGCAAAAAGCUGAGAGGACGGUAGAUGGGAAAACAAAAGGACUCAUCAGAAAAUGCAACGAUGAAGAUCCUUCCUCACUGUGCAGAAAAAAGGUGAGAGGAACAGAAUGCUGUACGUGGUCACCGUCUCCUUUUGUCCCUUUAUCGACAUCCACACAGGACAUUGCAGAGUCUGUGGUGGAAGAAGACAUACUGUAUGACCACAGCUUCAGACAAUGCAAACCUCAGAUACAAGGUUGUGUGUGGCUGUCUUCUGCUGCUCCCAUCCCUGCAAACGGCACCUCAAGGGAGAGUUUUCACCCUACUGACAGGAAUCGAAGUAUGUUUCCAUUUGGUCUCAGCUCAUCUCCCUUUACCUCCAAUCCACUGUCUGGCCACAGCCAUUUUGUGUUUCAGGGUGUUGUCUGUGCCAUUACAUGUCCCAAAGGAGGAGAGAAAAGAGGAGGUCGAGCGUCAACCUCCAAAGCUCCCACCAAAGAGUCAGAGUCUCUACCAUCUAGGCGAUCUGGACGCAACAGUAAAAUCCAGGAAGAGACUCCCGCCCCUGACGCAUCAUCGCCACGGCAGUCUGGUUCAUCAGAUUCCGACUCGUCUGCUGGCCAGUCUGCCAAACCAGGCAGAACUUCUCAGGUGUCGGGGAAGAGGAAGGGGAAACGGGUAACAAACCGAAAGGCCAGUGGGAAACGGAAAGCCACAACAAGAAAGAAGCGCUCUCCUGAAGUUGUUAGUCUUGCAGUGAGUGAGGGGGAGGAGGAAGAGGGUGAUGGGGGUAAUAACACUGAGAAGGAGGAGGAAGAAGACAAAGGUGAAAAGGAGCAGGAUACAAACAACUUGGAACAGCAGUCACCUGCUGCAGAGAGCCUCAGUAUAGACCAAGACGGGUUCAACUCCACUGAUGAGAAAGGUGAAGGUGAAGAACCGUUGAGUAAUGAUUUGGCCCAGGACUGUGACGAGACUCAGGAACAAUCUACUGAACAAGAUCAGAAACCAGAUGAGGGAGAAGACAAUCCGUCUUGUCCCUCAGACUCAGCUUCCAACAGCCCAGAGUCAUCCUCUGAGGCCUACUUGGGCAAAAAAGAGGAGGAGCAGCCUGCCGCCCCUGUUUCCACUGGAGAACAUGACUCCUCUCCAUCACCUUCUGAUUCUCAACAAGAGCUGUUGGAGAAUGUAACCUCUCCUCACUGUGAAGAGCAGGGGAGGGAGGAGGAUGAUGAAAUGGAGAUUUGUGCAGAGUCAGAAACCAUCAAUGAAGAACCUCCAAAGGAGGUAAUGACUGAAUCAUGUGACAACUCACCAAAAGCUGAUGUUGUGUCUGCUGGAGAAUCACAGGAGGAGGUGUCUGUCUCAGAAACAAACGCUUCCGAGGGCACUGACACCAAAGCGCCCACAUCAUUAGAAGAGCCUCCAGUAGAUGACACUUCUGAAAAAGAAGUUCAGAAUGACAGUCAGUCUGCAGAUGAUACUAAUGUCAUCCCCAUGGACUGCAGUUCACCCACAAGUGAGCAUGGUAGUGAUCCCCUUUUGGAACUAUCUAAGGAGAGUGCUGCACCAGCUGCUGCAGAACCUCCUUUGAGCGAAGUCACCAAGGAUGAGAGUGUCAAGGACAUACGUGAAAGAGAUAGGAGCCCAGAGAGAAAGAAUGGCAAGCAGCGGCGCUCCCGCUUUCACUCGCCGACCUCCACUUGGUCACCGAAGAGGGACUCCAGGCGAGAUCCAUCCAGGCGGUCACGCUCACGGUCUAGAGAGCGUGACGGCAGCCCACCAUCUAGUCGUUCCUCUCGGGCUCGCAGCAGAGAAAGAGACAGGGAGCGAGAUAGCGAGAGAGACUAUUCUAGGAGGGAUCGGAGUCGUGAGAGGAGGAGACGCCGAUCCAGGAGUCACUCAAGAUCCAGGUCCCGUUCUCGGUCGAGGUCUCGAUCUAGAACAAGGUCCUACAGACGAGGGCCCAGUCCUGCUCGCUCACCAUCUAGAGAACAGUCCCCUCAGAGGAAGGACCGGAGGGGAGGAUGGAGGUCUGGGCAGGGAAGUGGGGCUGGUGGUGAGGGAAGAAAGUAUCAUGGAGGCGCUGGCCGCUUUGAAAAUGGUGUGCCCACAGAAACUUCUCCCGAUCGACAAGGUGGGUCAGACAAUCCUGACUGGGUUACAGAAAAGACUCGCAAUGAGCCUGAGGGCAGGAACCGCGACUUUAGCUUUAGCGGUGGCUCAAGAUGGGAAGACCACCGCAACAGUGGAGGGAACAGGGGAGAACCACGGGGUCGAGGGGGCCGUGGAGGGUUUGAACGUGGCCGUGGCUCAGGACGAGGUGGUGGCAACCGUAGCUUCUAUAGCCAGCAGGACGAAAUGCCUGACAACCGCUGGCAGCCCAGAAACAACUUCUCAGGAACAGGCAACAAUUCAGGGAAUGAUGCAUACAGCCGCUUCAAUGAAAACCGGGGCAGCAGCCGGAGGAAAGACUCUGAGCCCAGCGAGUCUAUGGUUGACCGGUCAGGCUGGUCCUCGGCAUCCAGCUGGGCUGUCAGGAGAACGCUACCUGCAGAUGUUCAGGACUAUUACUCCAAGAGGGAAAGAGGAGGACCAGGAGGCUGGAACCGACAAGAGGAUGAACAGCCAGCAGCAGCAGCAGCAGAUCCUCCGAAAAGCGAACCACCUCUGCAGGCAGUCCCUGGUAACGCUCCAGUGCCUGUGUUGAAUGUGAUGCCGCCGCCUCCUCAUCCUCCUCAGCUGAAUGUUCUUCAUCACUACCCCAUGCAGGGCCCACGAGGUGCUCUGCCUGUCACCUUGCAGCCCGCAGCCCCAUAUGCCAUGCCCCCUCAGGUCCCUGUGCACCUGCACCCAGCCGUGCCCCUCCUUCAGGUGCCUGCUGUCGGUGCGCAGGGCCUCCCACCCCCUCCCCCACCACCACCCCCCAUGCAGCAAGGCAGCCAGACCGCUGCAGCUCAGCCGGAUGGCCACACAACACAGAUGGCAAGUACCAUGGUGGGUUAUGGGAAACCUGGUCUUCUUCCAACCCCAACCAAAGCGGGUGUUCCCACGCUAACCCAGGUCCAGCCACCAUCCAGUCAGGUGCUACCAUCCUCUACAACUCAGCCCGGCCAGCACAACAAGGCUCAAGCUGACAGCUCCAAAAAAGAAAAGAAACAACAGAUCCAAGAGAAAGCUAUAAAUGAAGUGAAGACAGCCAUCAAACCUUUUUACCAAAAGAAGGAAAUAACAAAGGAGGAGUACAAGGAGAUUGUCCGCAAAGCUGUAGAGAAGGUAUGUCACAGCAAGAGUGGCGAGGUGAACUCCAGUAAAGUCGCCAACCUGGUGAAGGCCUAUGUGGAUAAAUACAAACACGCCCGCAAAAAAUGAGCUCCCACCCUGCUGCUGGCAUGGUGGUGCCCUCACAGACCCACUCAGCUGCUCAAGUGCAAUUUCCUCUAGCUGGAAUUUGGCCUCCAAACUGAAAGAUGAUGGAGCGCCAGCUUUUUCUUUUUUGAUAUCUCUACCCUUUUAUUGAAUGAUGAAGAUUUUUUUCUAUAGAUUUUCAUAUUUUGUUAGAAAAAAAGAAUUACCCAGUCUGAAAUUGUAAUGCAAGAGCCCUUUAUUUUGCAUAGAUCAUGUGACUUGGGAACUACUGUAAGGAGCGCAGGGUAGCGUGGGGGGGUGGGAUGAUAGAUCUUAAAAGAUGCAACGCUCUGUGAACGACAUCAGCUCAUGUAGUGGAGAGCCUGCUCCAGGGUGCCGACUGGUACGAUGAAUUUCUCCUAUAUGGCAUCCUGUCUGCAUAGCUUGUUAAUUACAUAUUGUCAAUGUUCUUUUUAAAAAAAAAAAAAAAUUAUAUGUUUCAGAUGAAAGCCUAGUUUAAAAACAGUGCGUUGCCUUUAUUAAUCUCCAUGGCUCAAACAUGGGCUGGAAUCUGUUGAGUGAUUGUAAUCAGGACCCUGAUUGGUUGAAGAGACACAACGGCCAAUCAGCAGCAAGUGUGUAUUGUAAGCAUAGGUCUCAGGGUGUGGGCUGAUUAGGUAAAGUUACCCCACCCACCCCCUGCCUGAAUGUGUAAGACAUGCCAAUGCGUGAUGAACUGAAAAAGUAUCCAGAGAGUAGUGAAAUAAAAUUAGCUGCUUCCUGAUG